AUGUAUGCCAUAAAAGUGUUUUCUCAUUGCCCGGGAUUUUGUAAUAAGAAAAGCAAGAAAAGUAAAUCUGAGAUAAUAUUAGCGGCUAAUGAGCCGGACUUAGACGCCGACCCUCAACGGGCACAGUAUGUGCGGUCCAUACCAAACGCCCUACUCUUUGACAACCUAUUACUUCAGGGGUAUCUCGUGAACCAAAACUUUUUGUCGAAAAUCUAUAAAUUCAAUGUACGGGAGGACGACCUGUGGUUGGCUACGUAUCCCAAGUCGGGCACGACAUGGACUGAGGAGAUACUGUCCCUCAUAUACAAUGGCGGAGACAUCGAGAAAGUGAAGGACAAACUGUUGCCAAAGCGUGUGAAGCACUUCGAAGUGGGUAUACCUGUGGGUCACUCGCGUUGGCUGCAGUCCAAGAAGUCUCAGCGUUUGAUUGCCACUCAUUUGCCCACAACUCAUAUACCCAUACAAUUGCAGCAAUUGAAGUGCAAGAUCAUUUACGUGGUGCGCAACCCAAAGGACACUGCCGUCUCCUACUACCAUCACCACCGUAUGUCCAAAUUCCUGGGCAACUACGCGGGCACGUGGGACAACUUCGUGGACCUAUUUGCCCAGGGCAAGCUAGUGCAUGGUGACUGGCUGUCCCACGUGGAGGGCUACUGGCGCCUACACCAGCAAAAUCCCAACCAAGUGCUGUUCAUAUCGUACGAGGAGCUGAAGACGGAUUUACCCAAAAUGAUUGCAGUGAUCGCCCGCUUUGUGGGCAAUAACCUAACGGAUGAGAUAAUCGAGAGGAUCGCAAACCACUGUUCCUUCGAUGAGAUGAAAGACAAUAAAAUGGUAAACCGGGAGAAGUUGCCGGUGAAGGGUCUGUUUGAUAUGAGUCAGUCCAAGUUCAUGAGGAAAGGCAUUAUAGGGGACUGGAGGACGCAUUUUAGUGAUGAACAAAGCAAACUGUUUGAUAAGGCCUAUAACCAUAGGCUCCAGGAGCUCGGUAUCAACCUGUGCUAUGAUAGCGAUGAGGCCGUCCAACUUGCAAUAAUGUUUGCCCUGAACAUCAUAUGGAAUAUUCGUAACAUUCGUGAAACUAAAUUAUUCCGCAAAUUCUCGCAGAAACGGUCGUCCGAUAUACACAUCGCCGCUCACGACCCUGAAUUAGAUACCGAUCCUCAACGGGCACAGUAUGUGCGGUCCAUACCGAACGCCUGGCGUUUUGAUGAUAUACUGCUUCAGGGAUAUCUCGUAUUUCCUAAUUUUUUGGGGAAAAUCAAGAAUUUUCAAGUAAGGGAAGACGAUAUAUGGCUGGCCACGUAUCCCAAGUCGGGCACCACUUGGACUGAGGAGAUACUGUCCCUCAUUGCCAACGGAGGAGAUAUAGAGAAGGUUAAGGAGACAGUGUUGCCAAAGCGGGUGAAGCACUUUGAGGUGGGACUGCCUGUCGGGCACUCGCGUUGGCUUAAGUCCAAGAAGUCUCAGCGUUUGAUUGCCACUCAUUUGCCCACAACUCAUAUACCCAGACAAUUGAGGCAAAUGAAAUGCAAGAUCAUUUACGUGGUGCGCAACCCGAAGGACGCGGCCGUGUCCUACUACUAUCACCACCGGAUGAGCUCAUUCUUGGGUAACUACAAGGGCUCGUGGGAUGACUUCUGCAAACUCUUUGUAUCCGGACAAUUGGUCUACGGGGACUGGUUGUCGCACGUGGAGGGCUUCUGGCGCCUACACCAGCACAACCCCAAUCAGGUACUGUUCCUGUCGUACGAGGAGCUGAAGACUGAUUUGCCUAAAAUGGUGGCACUUAUUGCCAACUUCUUGGGCAAAGACCUGUCGGAUGAGGUGAUCGCUCGGAUCGCCACUCACUGUUCCUUUGAGUGCAUGAAAGACAAUAAAAUGGUGAACCGGGAGAGUAUUCUACUGAAGGGGGUGUUCGAUAUGAAGGACUCCAAGUUCAUGAGACAGGGGGUCAUAGGGGGCUGGAAGCACAUGUUCACCGAUGCUCAGAGUCAGCUGUUUGAUGACACCUAUGCUGAUAAGCUGGAUAAACUUGGACUUCAUAUUUGCUACGAUAAUGAAGAUGCGUUGGCUUAUAUGCAGACUAACAGGCGUAAUAUUGAGCAGGGUGGUAAUUGA